AUGCCAGCUGCUAGUAAAAACUGUGCGGGGUGCAAGAAAAAGAUAUCAACCCGUGAGUUUUUGUCUUGCUGUCAUUGCUAUGAUGUUUACGAUUUAGAAUGCAUCAAAUACUCGAACAAAUUAUUUUCUUUCAUGAGUAGAGAAAAAAAAGAAAGUUGGAAAUGCCCAGGUUGUAUAGGUAACCAGAAAAAAGUUGAUAAUAUCAAUACUCCGGUCCAAGGUUGCAAUAUUCAAUUAUACAGUUCGGCUUCUGAAGACACACUUGACCACUCAUAUGAAACCAAUAUAACUCAGCGGAAAAAACCCACAGAAGGGCAGCGAUCUUUUUCACCUUUUGCUUGCUCGGCGAAUCAGGAGGGCGACGACAAGUUUCUGGCUAGUGUACGUCGUGAAAUACAAGUAUCAGUGGCAGAGGCUGUGGAGUAA